ACUUCCGGCUGCCGGGUUGACAUGAAGAAGCAGCGGCUAGGGCGGCGGUAGCGGCGGGAGUCGAGUCUAGCAGCGGGACUCCCGGCUGAGUGCGCGACGCGGCCUAGAGCGGCAGACGGCGCAGAGGGCAGAGGAGGAGGCGCAGCAGCCGCCCUGGCCCGUCAUGGAGAUGGAAAAGGAGUUCGAGCAGAUCGACAAGGCCGGGAGUUGGGCGGCCAUUUACCAGGAUAUCCGACACAAAGCCAGUGACUUCCCUUGUAGAGUGGCCAAGCUUCCCAAGAACAAAAACCGAAACAGGUACAGAGAUGUCAGCCCCUUUGACCACAGUCGGAUUAAACUACAUCAAGAAGAUAACGACUACAUCAAUGCUAGUUUGAUAAAAAUGGAAGAAGCGCAAAGAAGUUACAUUCUUACUCAGGGCCCCUUGCCUAAUACGUGCGGUCACUUUUGGGAGAUGGUCUGGGAGCAGAAAAGCAGGGGCGUGGUCAUGCUCAACAGAGUGAUGGAGAAGGGAUCGUUAAAAUGUGCACAGUAUUGGCCACAAAAAGAAGAAAAAGAAAUGGUUUUCGAAGACACAAAUUUGAAAUUAACGCUGAUCUCUGAAGACAUUAAGUCAUAUUAUACAGUACGACAGCUGGAGUUGGAGAACCUUAUGACUAAGGAAACCCGAGAGAUCCUACAUUUCCACUAUACCACAUGGCCUGACUUUGGGGUCCCCGAAUCGCCAGCCUCGUUCCUGAACUUUCUCUUCAAAGUCCGAGAGUCGGGGUCACUCAGCACAGAGCACGGCCCCGUUGUGGUGCACUGCAGUGCCGGCAUCGGCAGGUCGGGGACCUUCUGUCUGGCCGACACCUGUCUCUUGCUGAUGGACAAAAGGAAAGACCCUUCUUCUGUCGAUAUCAAGAAAGUUCUGUUAGAAAUGAGGAAGUUUCGCAUGGGACUGAUCCAGACAGCAGACCAGCUCCGUUUCUCCUACCUGGCUGUGAUCGAAGGUGCCAAAUACAUCAUGGGAGACUCCUCAGUGCAGGAGCAGUGGAAGGAGCUCUCCCACGAGGACCUGGAGCCCCCACCCGAGCAUGUCCCCCCACCUCCCCGGCCACCCAAACGUAUCCUGGAGCCACACAAUGGGAAAUGCAAGGAGUUCUUCCCAAACCACCAGUGGGUAAAGGAUGAGUCCGAGGAGGAUAAAGAAGACGGCCCAAUCAAGGAAGACACCAGAACCCCCUUAAGUGUCCCCCACAGCCUGGAAAGAGCAAGUGACCCAUCUCUGCCCCUCCCACUCCCCAGCACGAGUCAAGACACUGAAGUCAGAAGGCGGGCCACCGGGGCAGGUCCUACCCAGGGGGAGCCGUCGCCACCCACAGAGGAGCAGGACCAGGCGCUGACUCACUGGAAGCCCUUUCUGGUCAACAUGUGCAUGGCCACGGUCCUCACAGCCGGCGCGUACCUCUGCUACAGGGUGUGUUUCCACUGACGGACGUGCUGGCCAGACCGCGAGUACGGAGAGCGCUGCCGGCAGCCUGGCCUUGGCGUUCAGUGCUGCGGGGGGGUCUGAGCCAGUCUCAGAAGAAACGGAUCAAAGGUGUGGAGUCUGGAACUGUGAAGGGCUAACAAGAGACAACUGAGGAUUGAUGCACUGGGGUUUCAAGGAGCCCUGUGGUCCCAAGAACACAAGCAUCUAAUCUCAGGGCCUUAACCUAUUCAGGAGUAAGUAGAGAAAAUGCCAAAUACAUCUCUCUCUCUCUCUUUC